CUUAAUUAACGUUAUAGCCCACUAUUGAUGGUUAUGUUAUUGGUUUGUUAUGCGGCGGCAAUCAGCUCAUCAUUCUUGUUUUAGGCUUAUUAAAAUUCUACUCCCAGAUCUAAACUAAGCUACUAGAGGUUUGUCUUGAAAUCUGGCCGUGUUAUCUGUGCCAAACCUUUUUUUACUAGACUGUCUGUUAUGAUCUGAUUGCAGAAUGGCUGUCCAAGAAGGGGAGUGUUCAUGUUGCUCCCAUCAACAGGCAGUGCCCAGCACACACCAAACUUUAGAAGAGAUGGACUUUGAAAGAGGAAUUUGGUCUGCUGCUUUAGAUGGAGAUUUGGUCCGUGUCAAGUCAUUCCUCAAGAAGGGAACCAAUCCUAAUAUGAAGGAUAACGCAGGCUAUACUGCUUUGCACUAUGCAAGUCGAGGAGGGCAUGAGUCCGUUUGCGAGCUGCUCCUGGGUAACGGGGCGUGUCCGAGUCCACAGACACGAGGCGGUGCCACGCCGCUCCACCGGGCAGCCUACUGUGGGCACCUGGCCGUGGCGAGGCUCCUGCUUAAGUUCAACGCUGAUCCACAGAAAUGCGACGACGACGGCUCCAGUCCUUUACACAAGGCUGCUGAACAAGGCCAUGUGGAGGUCUGCAAGCUGCUGCUGAAGCAUUGUCCUGCCUUACAGACACAAAGGGACAAGAAGUCACGCGCACCCCAGCAUCUUGUGCCAGCAAAUAGCCCACUGCAACAGCUCCUUUAUAACACACAAAAUGAUGGGACUCCCUCUGACUUGAGCAGUGACACGUCCUGCCACAUGCCACAGAUAGAUCAGUCACCAUAAUGGAACCGUCAUGAAAUGUAUCUGAGGGGCAGACUUAAGAGGGCGGUCUUCCCUCAGAUGUUGCGAGGACAGAUGGAGCAUGUGGUCUUUGAGAGUGAAACGUCUGCAGGAAUCUGCAGAGUCUGGGGGUGCAGACUGAAUAACCAUGGAAGCAGACACUCAGCUGGCGCUAUCAGGACAUGUCGUGCCACUGUAAUUUGCAGUUCCAGAACACAUAUCUGUGAAGGAGAUGUUCCCAGGACCUGUUGACAUGUACUGAAGUUUAUGCAAUCUGCUGCAAGGGUCUUAAUCCUUUGCCUUGAAGUGCUUGUUUAUGGCAAAAAAGAUUCUUUUGAAAUGGAAAGUUUUGAAAAAUACUGAUGCAUUUGCUAUAUUCAUUGUGUGCCUUGUUAAACGGUGUGAACAUAAUACAUAAAUGCAAGAAAAUUCACUGAAGCAAUAGUGGUAGUUUUUGUUUUCACCAUAUUUCUUUUUAGUGAAGAGAUGUGGCAAGGCAAUAUCAUUCUGGUACAGUGAUACGUUGUCUUGUAGCUGUUAAUCUCAGGAAAUUAAGAUUUAAGUGAACAACCAAAGUGAAUCCGACUCACUGGGGUUCCUCAGCAAAUAGUUAGGAGUUUGCAAGAGGGGAUGGUUGUUCAUUCUUGGUUUACAAAUGUUUUGAGUGAGCUGCAGUAACGUUCUCCAGUGGAACUGUAAUCGUAUCUAUCCCAGCUGUGUCUCUAGAGAUCAGCCGUGGGGAGAGUGGCGAUGCUGUGUCUCAUGAGAUCAGCCGUGGGGAGAGUGGCCGAUGCUGUGUCUCAUGAGAUCAGCCGUGGGGAGAGUGGCCGAUGCUGUGUCUCACGAGAUCAGCCGUGGGGAGAGUGGCCGAUGCUGUGUCUCAUGAGAUCAGCCGUGGGGAGAGUGGCCGAUGCUGUUGUUUUCACGUACAGCUGCUCCAGCGGCUGUCUGUAGGCAUACCUGACCUGUCACUGGCUUCCUAGGCCUUCUCCCUGCCUUGACUGUAUGCCUUCACUUGGUCUUGUCUGCCUCAACAAGUGCAAGAAACAUUUGGCAGUGCAAUGUUGUGUCCUGGAUGUGGGCAGGGGCCAGGUUGGACAGGGACUAGAGAUGCAGAAUUGAUUAUUUUAUUUCAACAGCAUUUCAACAGCAUGGGUGCUUAAACAUUUGGCGGGGUCGUCUGAUUUGUCAUCCCUCACAUAGGUUGAUGGUAGUACAUGGAAUUUAAGGUCAUUGAUAGAACAAGGUAUGAAAAGAUUUCUCUAACCUUUCAACAACCUUACAAAAACCUUAAAUUCCACCUACUAACACUAAACUGCUAUUUGAUUGAAAACAAAGAUGAAGUAUAGAAAACAGAAAAUGUAAGUGUAAAAACUGUAGCCAUUUCGACUGACAAUGACCUGUCUACAAGCCAAGCAGAACAGUAUGCAGUGGGUUGUAUAAAAAGCCGAAAUGCAGUGACUUCUGUGUCUUAGAAAGCUGGUACUCAACAGAAUGUGCAGACAAGGCUGUAAUUACCUGAACACGGCUCAGCUGGGAGAAUACAUUUCCCAUGGCAGUGGAUGACAUGUAACCUUGUCCAGGAAACGCUGCCUCAUUUACAGCAAAUCUGUUUCUACAGCAGCACGUUGCACAACUUGGGGCAGGAAGACAGGCUAGGCCGUUCAGUCGAGUACGUUUUCCUGGAGGUGAAUUGGAACUGGCAACCUCAACACAUACACACAAUAACUCUUGCAUCGCCUUGCAUCAUUGAUGGAUGGAUGGAUGCUUCAUUAAUCCCGAGGGAAAUUUUAGGUCAUC